AUGAGAUCAAAAACCAAGAAUCCUCCGAACUCCUUGGUCAGAGUUUUCACAGAUGCUUGGACCGACGACUGGGUGGGUGUUGCCGAUCAGCUGUGCAUCACCCUCGAUUUGCCUGACCUCACGACUCGUAGUGGUCUCAAGAAGGUCCACAACGAUCUACCAGCAAUCGAGGCGCGCUUGAACCAGACCUUCAAGUAUGCUAGGAGAUGCGGAAACACCAACAUUCUCGGUGGCGUCCUAUCUAUAUACGCCAAGAUGUGCAUAGUCGACUCCAUACUUCAAGACAAGUUGCUCGGAGCAGGACUUCUCGACAAAAUUGUCGCUUUAACCUCCUUGCCCGAGGCACGCUACGUCGCCUUGCGCACCUUGAAUGCAAUCACACUGCGCUCAGGCAAGAGAUAUCGCACCGAUCUCGUCAAGUGUACACCAACCCUGGUCAAGCUGUUGCAGCAGCACCCCGAUGAUGUCACCUUGUGUUCAGUUAUUACCGCCAUCUUCUCGCAUUCAGUUUACCUCUUCGCUUCCGCCAAGGACUACUUUGACUUCUCGGUCAUGACACAAACUAUUUUGCAGUCUCUUCGCCACCCAGUCUUCUCGGGGUACAUGUUUGACCAUGCCCUAUCGUUCUUUAGCAAGGUUGUUACAGAUAUUUCCUCAGAUUGCAGAAACAUUCCCUCUUUUACUACAUUCCUCAUCGCCCUGCUGCGCGGCCUAGAUUUCCGGCAUCGAGUGUGGGCCCUUGACUGUCUCUUACAAAUUCACGAUCCGCCGAAGGGGAAAGACAGGAAGAACAUAUCCUCCUUUGGUCUCGCUGCGGCCCUGAACACUCGCGAAUUGCCCAAAGAUCUAGAGAAACUGUUGGAUGCGUUCGGUCGCGAGAAUUCCGAGAUGUACACCACCCAUAGGUCAAGUGUCAACUACCUCGCCCUUCAUGUCCAGCAUUCUUUCAGCCCGGACCUGAUUAAACUUGGUCAUGGGAUUGGUGCCGAGGUUCUCGCGUCCCGUUUUCCUGUCCCAGAACUUCUGUGCUCGUGCUGUAACCAUCCCAUGCGUCAUCCGGAUGACAAGAACAGUCUACUGGAGUGUGCCACUGCUCUGCGCAAACAGGCUGACAGCAACUCCUAUGAUUUGGACCUGGCAGAUGCGUUGGAAUGGAGGCACCUGUUCGUCAGAGACUCAACGAAGGCCAGUAAACACGCCGAGGCAGCUUUGGCACGUAACCCGAGUUUUGGAUUCUUCCACUAUGCAGUGGCCCUAGGCAUGGAUCAGCAAGGUACCCUCCGCGCCUCAAAGAAGGGAUUGAAGUGUGCUGGAUUGCCUCUUUGGUUGCGUAUCGAAUUUUUGCGCCUGGCCGUCGAGGCAGCACUGUACUUGGGACUUCCAGAAGCAUUGAUCAAGAACAAAGACGAGCGUGUGGCCGUCCUUCUUGGUGCUUAUGCAGACGCGAAGCGGUUGGUCGAUAUAUCUCCGCCAGAUUCAGUGGGCAGACAGCGUGAUCUGAGUAUGUACAUCCUACUGGCUUUACUGGUUGCAGGACCCAGGGCCGACCUGGCCUCAGCAGAUAUACAGCGUGCUCUGAAAGAGAUCACGGUCAGCGAGAAGUUCAUGGAGUUCCUUGGCAACCCCAUCGACAACGAAAUGCACUUGAACAUUACUAGGCAAGCCGUCGUUGACAGAAUGUCCGAGUCCAUGGAGGAAUGGGGAGCCAUGCUACAGAGAUGCUGCGAGGAGCGGUGUUGCGAAGACUCCCGGGCUCUCACUCUGCCUGAACCUGCAUUCUACGGGGAUGCUGAGGCUCUAUCUGUUUGGCUCACCAAGUUCGAGGAGGAACUUAGGCAAGGAAAGGAGGAUAAUGACAGCGACGAUGAUUAUUCGUUCGAUAUAUUCUCGGACGAGAGGCUUGUUCUGCUCCAAUGCUCGUGGUGCCGCAGAAGUAGCGCUGUCUUGAAGAAGUGUGGCCGAUGCGGGAAGGCGAGAUACUGCGAUUUAGAAUGCCAAAAACUUGACUGGAAGGAGCACAAACACGUCUGUGGCCGCAGUCCCAGCAAGGCCCCGACUCACGAACAUACCCAUACAGAAUACCACGCAACCACGGACUGA